AUUCUCAACAUCGACCUACAUUUGCUUCAGCUAUUGCCCCGCUCGCCUUCACUUUCCCAAUACAUUUCUACCACAUAGCCCUUUACAUCCUUAGACUAAUAACCGCCAUGUCUUUAUCCUCUACCACAGACUCUACACUCGACCUUCUUUUCCCCGCCGAGCUCAUUUCUCCUGAAGUUUCAAGUCAGCUACCCAAGGAAUUGCAUAUUCGUCCCUUGGCGUCGACAGACUACAGACGUGGUCACCUCUCCGUGUUAUCCGUCCUGACUGUGGUCAAUGACCCAGGUGAAGCUGCCUGGGUCUCCCAAUUCCACGCUAUGCGCGGCGCACCACGCACCUACUACCCCAUUGUUAUUGUCGACAAACCAACAGACAAGAUAGUUGCCGUCGGUACUGCUUUUAUUGAGCGCAAGUUCUUGCGUGGCCUGGGCAGCGUCGGUCACAUCGAAGACAUCGCCGUCGACAAGAGCCAACAGGGGAAGAAACUCGGUCUGCGAAUAAUUCAGGCUUUAACAUACAUCAGCGAGAACAGCGGCUGCUACAAGACCAUCUUGAACUGCUCUGAUGCCAACAUACCGUUCUACCAGAAGUGUGGUUUCCAGCAGAAAGAAAAUGAGAUGGCCAAAUAUGCGCCAGAACGCUCGCACUCCCCAAGACUCUAAUGUAGACUUCAUUUUCUCGCAGGACACAGCCAUGACUCCCAGGACAAUUCGUAUUGUAUAUAUCCACGCAGAGCGUAUCUAGUUACAUAGAUGAAGGACUUUAGGUCGCACAUUACCAUUAUAUUUGUAGUCAAAUUUCUCCCCUACGUUCUGAAUCCAGUCAAUAUUGAUACCAUUUGGAGCACAUUUUUGGCUGAUGGUUCACUUGCACUGUAUUCAAACGAAGUUGAGAAUUAUGACUGUUGCAAUCAUGUCAUUGACUUCAAUUCGCACUGGAUAUCGUUGACGCAAAGCAAUGAAACGUAUCUAGAUGAUAUGAAAAAGGCAUGCAUGCAGCAUAGAUUUUGUGUGCGUAGGUAGUGUCAUGUCGAAGAGCAUGUGCCAUACAGAUACCAGAUAUGAUCAUCCCAAGAUCAAUCAUCUGCCGCCUUUACCACCCUUCAUCUGCUGCUUCGAGACUCUAGGUGCAGUCGAGACAGGUGCGCGAGCAGGCUUGGCUUUCUUCGAUUCCUUCUCUUUCUUCUCAGUCUUGGCUUUGGUUAUGGCAGCCAAUCGCUGCUGCGUUCGGAUGGCAGCAGUCUGGUUACGCUUGGCAGCGAU